AUGCUGUCCCUCUUGCUGAUCCUAACAGGCCUGAGCCUUCUGACCACUGCGGGCCCGAAUUCUGAAACACCCGUUCUGCAAAUUACAGUACCACGGAAGAUCCAGACAAACACCGAUGAUGGCGAUGUUUCAGAAACACAUGCCACUUAUUCCAUCAACAUUGAGGGGAAAUCAUACACUUUCCUGCUUGAAAAACAGUCAUUUUUACACCCACGUCUCCUAGUGUAUUUAUACAAUGAAUCAGGAAUAUUGCAUGAAGAUUCUUCAUUUUCAAACGAUCAUUGCUUUUAUCAAGGAUAUGCUGCAGACAUUCCAAAAUCAGCUGUGACACUAAGUACCUGUUCUGGACUCAGAGGAUUAUUUCAGUUAGAUAAUAUCAGUUAUGGUAUUGAACCAUUGGAAUCUUCACCUACAUAUGAGCAUGUAGUUUAUCAAAUAAAAAAUGAUGCUAUUGGUCAUUACUCAUUUCAAGAAAAUUACCCAGUGGCCCAAUAUAUAGAUCAGUCCUACCGGAUUCUUGUGAAAUCAGACAUAAAUUCAGGUGCCAUGCUAUUGAAAAGAACUCUGAAAGUACAAAUCAUUAUGGAUAAAGCCAUGUACGAUUAUAUGGGCUCUGCUGUGGCAGUUGCAGUUGACAAAGUUUUUCAAAUCUUUGGUCUUAUCAACACUAUGUUUUCCCAGCUUAAUAUGACAGUCAUGCUGUCUUCCUUGGAGAUCUGGUCAGAUCAAGAUAAGAUUUCAACAAGUGGUCAUGCUGAUGAAUUACUACAGCGAUUUUUGUCUUGGAAACAAAAAUUUUUGUCUCAAAGGCCUCAUGAUAUGACAUAUUUAUUAGUUUACAGGAACCAUUCUACUUAUGUGGGAGCAACGUAUCAUGGAAUGGCAUGUGAUCCAAAGUUUGCAGCCGGAAUUGCUCUGUACUCAAAGAAAAUCACUUUAGAGGCCUUUUCGGUUGUUAUGGUACAGUUGCUUGGAAUUAAUCUGGGAUUGACAUAUGAUGACAUCUACAAUUGUUACUGUCCAGGAACUACGUGCAUAAUGAACCCUGAUGCAAUACGAUCCAAUGGUAUGAAGUUUUUUAGCAGUUGCAGCAUGGAUGGAUUUAAACAGAUAGUUCUGCAACCUGAACGUAAAUGUUUUCAGGAUAAAACAAUUUCAAAAAUGACUUACCAAGGAAAAGCUACAACUUGUGGUAAUGGAAUUUUGGAAUCUACAGAGCAGUGUGAUUGUGGCAAUGUAGAGGGAUGCAAUUUUAAAAAAUGCUGUAAUCCUAAAGAUUGUACUCUGAUCAACUUUGCAGAAUGUGGCACUGGACCAUGCUGUGACAAUAAAACUUGUAGAAUCCAUGAAAGAGGCCAUAUCUGCAGAGACAGCGUAGAUAUGUGUGAUUUUCCAGAAUAUUGCAAUGGAACAUCUGAGUUUUGUGUACCUGAUGUGAAAGCUGCUGAUUUAGAAUACUGCAAUAAUAAGACUAGUUAUUGCUAUGAAGGAGUAUGCAGAGAUAGGGAUAAACACUGUGUAGAUCUAUUUGGAAAAUUUGCUAAGUCUGCUAGUCUUCUGUGUACAGAAGAAGUGAAUUUUCUAAAUGACAAAUUUGGAAACUGUGGCGCCCGUUGUCAUUUUUUUCAUAUCCUUUGUGGAAAGGUUGUCUGUCACUGGACACAUUCGCAACCAGUAUCAGUGAAAGAAUAUGAUAUACAAUAUACUUACCUUGGAGGUCAUGCAUGUUUCUCAGCACAUGCAAGAAAUGGUUCAAAGCAAGUAACAACCUAUGUAGAACCUCUAACUAUGUGUGGUGAACACAGGGCAUGUUACGCAAAACAAUGCAAAUUUAUUAGUGAAAUAAAUAUAACAAAAUGUAACAAAACUUGCAAAGGACAUGGGGUUUGCAAUGAACAUUUCAAUUGUCAGUGUGAUCCUGGUUAUGCUCCUCCACAUUGUGAUCCAUCAAUAUCAUCACCAGGAGGAAGUAUCGAUGAUGGAUAUUGGUUUUCAUCAGAAAAAGAGGAACCCUCGUUUCCAAAACAACGUGCUGCUCCUAAAAACAAUGGUCUUUUGAUCAGUUUCUACAUUUUUUUACCUUUGCUCAUUUUAAUUGCUGUUGUUAGUCUUAAAUGGAAAAAAAUGAAGAGAUUUUGGAGCAAAGUGGGAACAGUAAGCAGCAAAUCUAUCUCAGAAGACAGCAGUAGGACAAACAGCCAGUCACAGAGUUAAAGUAACCAACUGAUAAAAUCAAAGCCAUAAGAUGAAGAAAGGAUAUUACCAAGAAACUCACCAUUAACUGGUCUGAUCUAACAAUGAAAACAAAUUCUACUCUCAUUUUGUUAUGGCUUAAAGAUU